CAGACGAUCGAUCGAAGCGUGGGAUGGUAGAUAAAAUAAAUAUCGAGGCGUCACGUGAAGGGAGAAGCGCAUGUAAACGAUGCGACCGUGGAAUCGCGAAAUACACCGGCCAUAAUACGCGAGACGGAAAAUAGCGGCAAUACUCUUGAGUGGCUGGGAUGGUGGCCUGGGGGACCCUACGGGGAUAAGGAUUUGCUCCAAGGGGAAAUACUCGUGCGAGUGGCACAUGCGGGAAUGCAUAUGCAGUAGGGAACAGUGAGCGCAGGUGCGUCUAUUUUUGGCGCUUUCGGGGCAUUUCCCAUAAAAGCCAAAUUUCUCUUACUAUUUCCAAAAGAAAUCUCGUAGAUAACGCCUCCAAAACGAUUCUCUAUCUUCAUCGAGUCUUACAAAAUAGAAUUGUCAAAGUUACACAUUCGUAUCAACCGCUUAAACGAUUAAAUUCGACUCGAGGAUAAAUUUCUGACGACCUCGUGAUAAAAAAUUCUUGAAAUCGAUCGGCACUUAAUCAGAACAAAAUUACUGUUUUAUUUUGUAUGAUCGUUUAUUAUUAAAAAUUCUUAAAUCUUGUAAAAUAUAUUUUUUAAUACAAAUCACAGAGAUUCUUCUUCUUGACGUCUCCGUGGACUAAGGAACCAGAAUGGCUAUGACACACCACUGGAACUCGAGAAACGUAUAGUCCGCCCCCUUCCCAGAUCAAUAAUACCAUCCCCGUCCUCGGCGCAUGUGCGCCGAAAUAUCUCCCCGUAAGCGUACUGGUUUCCACCCCCAGAUGAACUAGGUACGCUCCGAACGCCUUGCACCCCUCCAUGCAACAUUCAUAGCGCCAUCAAUAUUAUACGCGCGAAAUAAUAACCUGUGCAUUUAUUAUGAGAGGGGUGGCUGCCGUGGCUCAAGAGUUUCGUAAAAAAAAAAAAAAAGAAGAGAGGAACACCCGACGAGGGAUGGUAAAUUAUGCGUGUAAACUGUUAUGCAAAUCAAUUGGUCGAGGGUGAGAGAUCGGUGAAAGUGAUGGAUGGGUUUUCAAGAGAGAAUCUUGAAAUGCGAUGUUGACGCGGAAUUAAUUGUUUCGUGGCUUCUAUCGACUGAUUACAGCGAUUGAUCGAUUCGAUUUCUCUUCGCUUUCGCGCCUUUCCAAUGGAACGAAGUAUGCAAUGCAAAUUUUGAACCAUCGUUCGAUCAAGAAGCAAUGAUCGAUCCCUUUCGACGCGUUUAUGUCACGUUGUUAAGAUCGAAGGUUACAUUUUUUCGAAAGGUCUUCGUAAAGCUUGAGAUACUUUCACACUAGCAUCCCAAAAAUGGGAAAACAAUCGAAAGGGUUGCUCAGCAAGCAGACGAGGAGUUAUUUCAUGAGGUAAUCGUCGUGAUCGAGCGGCUCUCAACGAGCGCAAGAGGAACUUAAUCCCACGAUAUCGUCAUGCGAAUACGAUGUUUGCAUUGGCGUCGAAAGAGAUAACGGAGGAGACAAAAAUGUGGGACAAAGAGAACGAUAGAAGAACUAGUCUCGUAAAAUCUUUAUUACCGUCAGGCAUCCCCCUGAAAAAAUCGUUCCGGUCGCGCUUAUGUAAUCUUGGAUCCUCGAAUUUCCUCAUACAUAUCCCAUUUUCUUUAUAUUUUCCCUCUCUUCUCCUUUUCAUUUUACGAUCAACGAGGAUAAGAAAACGAGAUAUUAUAUCGUUUUCACCAUUCUCCUGAUACAGUUAGGCACGCACAGUUCCUCGCCACUAUUUAUAUCACGAAACGAAAUAAUUUAUGGAAGAUAAACUACUACUGGUUAUUUUCGCAUAUGUCUUUUUUUUUUCAUGUCUUCAAGCACACACUUCUGGGGACCGGUGUUCAACUGGAUGAUACCCAUAGCAGCCAUAUCCGACACGCAAAAGCAUCCGAGAAUCAUUAGCGGCAAAAUGACUUUGGCGUUGGCUCUGUACUCUAUAAUGUUCAUGAGGUUCGCCAUGAAGGUGCAGCCACGGAAUAUGUUGCUGUUUGCGUGCCACUUCGCCAAUUCCUGCGCGCAGUUUACACAGGCUUACAGAUUUCUCGACUACCAUUAUAUCUCGAAACAAGAACCCAAUGACGAAGACACACCUGUCUCUCAGGAUGAAAAGAAGUGACUUCGUAUAUGUUGAUCUCAGCGAUGAUAUAGCUAUAGUUAUUCGGUAUAAUAAUGUAGAUGUUCAGUAUCGAUUGUACGGAAAAUUUUAUAAUAAAAUCUGCAAUUUUUAAACAAAAUUUCCUCGAUUAAAAUUUUAUGAUAAAAUCUGAACGUGCAAAUUUUCGUUUGUUCAGUAAAGAAAUAAGCUGAAUAUCUCUUUUAUUCUCAAAGUUUCAUUUUUCUAUCUAUGCACUUCUUUUACGUCAAUUGUACAUUUUUCUAAUCUGCCACAUAUUGUCAAAAAGGGAGCGAUAUCAUCUCACUAUAGUGUUUAAGUAACUGAAAAUUACAUUGUAUAAGCAGUAAAAAGUUUCAGGAUUGCAUGAAAAUGUAAAGAACAUUCACCGUGAAAUCAGCCUAUUCACUCGACAGUUUCCCCAUUUUUUUUUUUUCUUUCUCCUUUUCCCCAUAGUGAGUCGAAAAAGGCACUAGUUUAUUCGUGGUGGCCCCAAUUCGAUGGACGAAUGUAUAAGGAGAGCAAUAAUUUCCUAGGGGUCGGUUCUGUCUUUCUCGUUUCUUUUCCCGCGCCUCGGACGAAGGCCAUUCGAUCGAGCUUGGGGUCAUUUUAUGGGAUCUGGCACGGAUCAGAGGCACGAAUCUAUUCCGGUUUUUCCAAAUGCUAAGCCACGCUGCGCCUCCGUCCCGUUUCUGCUCUUUGCAUUCGCUUAGCCUGGUCGAAGGAACACGAGGGCGAAUUCGUGUCCCUGAAUAAAUAUAUAUGGACUGAUUAGCCCUGCUUGGCUUCGAUCAUGCAUUCCUUCCAUUUAUCCGUAUCUUUUGCAUCGGGAAAGAUCGGUGACGUCAUCAAUCGUCAGUGGUUUUGUAUCAUUUCUGAAUAUCUUGAGAAAUUACGAUUUUAACAUUUUAUAGACAAUACACAUUAGAGACAAUUAUCAUUUUUAUCAGUUGGCAAAGGUCAUUUUUAUUAGCACAACAUUCACUCUCUGAAUAGUAUAACGAGGGCUUGUCUUCGAAGGUUUUGUAUACUUUUUGCAUAUUUGAAUUGUUCAUAAAUGCAUAAAUAUGCACAGUUUACCAUCGAAUUCCACUAACAAUAAGAUCUACCAAUUUGCUUCCAUUUUCAUGUUUUGUAAGGCAAUCACAUCCAUUAGUAAUUUCAUUCGAUUGCUGGAACUAUUUACUUUUACUUCAACCAUGAG